ACACCUACUCACUCUCAAACCUUGCAAAGCAUCACAAACAAACAAACAAACCAAACAAGUUCCUAAGAAACACCACACUUUUCCAUCAAUGGCCUCCGCACAGUGCCACAAAACCUGCGAACAAACCUGCCAACAGAAAAACCAGCACACCUCGUUUGGUCAGAAGGUUUCUGGUUUCUUCAAAGGACACCAUAGCCACUCCAAUGAGGUCACACACACCACCCAAUGCACCUCCCAAACCAAAGUGCUUUCCCAUUCAGGCCACUCAACCACCAAAACUGAAACACAAUGCAGUUGCACCAAAACACAGACCAACAAUAAGAGGGGGCACAAGAAAGGUCUGGUGCAGAAUAUCAAGGAUCGUCUCUCAGAACACGAUGGUAGCAGCAGUAGUAGCAGUGACAGUGAGAGUGACAAUGAAAACUGCCGCAAGCGGAAGGACUGAAGUUGAGUAUCACAGAGGGUCAAUGUGUGUGAUCAUUGAAGAAAGCUAGCAGAGAAGAUGAAGCUAAAUAAAAGAUACUUAAAAAUAAAGAUCAAUAAUGUAUUUGAUGGAAAUAAAGCUGUGUACUUUGGCUAUGGUGCAAGUCUGAGAUUGAGACAUGUUCAAAAUAAUUGCAUGUAGUGUAUGAUGUAAGAUCGACCCUCCUAUAUGAAUAAAACUGUUUGGUGUUAAAUU